AUGGGAGCUACCGGCUUGCCGGCGCGGACCAAAACCAGUGACGACUCGGCUUGCCGGGUCGUCAAACUCGUAACCCCGUACAUGGUGCGGGGCCGAGGACUGCCGCCCUCGGGCGGGGGUCGCGUGGAAGAAAACCACUCUAAAAAAUUACCUCUGGCGAAAACACACGACGACUUUGGCAAAAGACUAACGGACUCUGAAAUGCACACCGAUGUAGGGACGGCGAGUGAAGGGUCGCGGACGGCUUCGCCCGUGACCACGGCAUCGAGAGGGAAGUUCUUCCGCGCAAGAGGGGGAACUGACUCGGACGAGAGUGGCAGUGAUACUGUCACCUCGCUACGAUCGGGGUCGGAAGAGGAAGCGCAGAGACGUCGCUUCCGGAAGAGGCGGGGGAGCGACGACCCUGUACCCGGACCUGAAAAGGGCACCUCGAAGCCCUCAAAGAGGGGGAGAGGGAGACCGCCCACCACGGGCGUAUACGUCGGUCUGCACCAGGCGCGGAAAGAGAAGCUUGCAGAGGAGCGAAGAGCUCAGCGCCUGGCAGAACAAGCAGAAGCGGACCGGCAAAUCUCUGAAGUGACCAGAGUACUACCACAGCUACGGUCACACCGGCUGUCGGUAGUCUCACAUACGGACGCGACGAUGGGUUUUGAAGUUGACGAAACGACGACGGCAACGAUCGGCAACUCGAUCGCAAAGAGCUUGGAGGUCAUAACAAAGGUGGCCACCAAAUCCAAAAAUCUAAGUGGUCCCUUUAUUAAGGCCCUCAAAAUGGCCACGAUGGAGAUCAGAGAAUCCACUGCGACGUUACUAAGUCGUACGAGAACGGAGGAAACGAGGGCUCUUGAGGCGGCCAAUGCCCGUCUCUCAAAGGAGCUCUCGGACCUACGAGAGGAGCUCGCGGCCGUAAGGCGCGAGGUCCGCAGGGCGAGCCCGGAGGCUGCCCGUGUGGCUCCUGCUGAGGAGCUCAAAGAAGUCAUGGAACGAGCGGUACGCGAGGCCGUCGCCUUGUCGAGCGCGAGGCUUGACGCGCGGUUGGAAGGCCUUGAAGCCAGGCUCCUCCCCGAGCCGCGUCUUCGGCCUCCCCUCGCUUCUGACAGAAGAAAGGAGGCCGCUCAAGGAGCGCAGUUGGCCGCAACAAGGCCUAAACCCAAAACCCCUGCCCCAGAACCCGAGGUGACAACACUAACACCUCCGGCGAACCCUGGUCGACAGGAGAAGAGGAAGAGACGGGAGAAAGUGACUGCUGCGGCGAAGGAGGCGGCAGCCACCAGGAGGGACGGUCCGCCCAAAACUCCGGGCGCAGCUGAGGGCACACCCUCGAAGGAAUGGACAAAAGUCUCAAAUAGGAAGGGACAGAAGAAGGCAGUUCCGCCGCCGAAAAAGGAGCCCAAACAGAGAAGACUGCGGGCCCCGAAAUCGGCAGCAGUGGUCAUCACUCUGCAGCCGGAGGCCACAGACCGGGGCGUCUCUUAUAAAGACGUCCUGGAAAGGGCCAAGAAGAGGAUAGACUUGGCGGCCAUGGACAUAGGGGCUGUCAAGUUUAAAGUGGCUGUCACCGGGGCGCGCAUGCUCGAGGUGUCGGGGUCGGGCUGUAAGGAAAAGGCCAACCUCCUUGCAGACCGGCUUAAAGAAGUGCUGGCAGAGGACGCCCGGAUAUCCAGGCCGCAGAAGUGCGCCGAACUACGAGUGUCGGGACUCGAUGACUCCGCGUCCGCUCCCGAAAUAGCGGCCGCCAUCGCCAACAGUGGCCUUUGCGCGGCGGAGGAGUGUGAGAAUGCACCGCACUGCGUGCUAUGCGCCGACAAAGGUCUGCCGGCGACUCACAGCGUCGGAAGCAAGGCCUGUGAGAGGCCUACACCUAAGAAGAAGACGCAAGACAAGAAGAAGGCGAAGGCAAAACCGAAUCCCGUCGCCACCACACAGGAGCCCGCCGCCACACCACCUGCAGCGGCGGCUCCAGUGGCCGAGGAGGUCCCAAUGGAAGCUCAAUAA